AACGAAGAGAUAAAAAAACGUUGAAUGUUUUGCGCAAUGAUACCGACUAGCACUGUCAGUCCAUCGAUCGAAAUUGGCCUUCGUUUUACUGGAAUAUGGCCGAAUUCUUCGAUUUUUUUUAAAUUACUUUGGACAUUAGUGAUGGGAAUAGGGUUGAUCUUUCAGUAUUAUUACCUUUUGACACAUUUCAGCACCAAGGAGCUGCCGAAUCUGAUAGAUGGUUUAAGUACUACUUUGCCGCAUAGUCUCCUUUUCUUCAAACUGAUCGUCCUGUGGGUCAAUCAUCGAAUAUUCAAAAAUAUCUUGACAGCGAUGUCCAACGAUUGGCAUAAAUAUUCCAACAUAUACGCCAUGAUCGACAAGGCGAUCCUCGCACAUCGCUGUUCAAAAUUGAUCAUCAGUGUUUAUUCGAUAGCAGUAUUGCUUUACAGUACCGCUUCCAUCAAUCUUAACAAGCAGAGUGGUGACGAUUGCCGAGAGUUAUUAAUAAAGAUGGAAUUGCCUUUCGGAUUCUGCGAAUCGCCGAUCUAUGAGAUCGUAAUGUUCAUGCAAUUUGUUCGCCUAAUGGCGGUCGCCUCCGCCAUAGGUAUACUAAACGCAUUAUUGGUUACAUUGAUGCUGCACAUUGGUGGACAAAUAGACCUUAUGCAACAGGAAGUGGAAGAGAUUUUUGUCAAAGAUAACAAGCGUGGUUUAUCCACUACCAUUGUGAGAUCUUUAAUCGAUAAGCAUCAUAAGAUUAUCGCUUUUUCGGAGAACAUCGAAAGUCUUUUCUCUCACAUCGCUCUGAUGCAAUUUUUCUCGAAUACUUUAAUCAUAUGUUGCAUCGGAUUUCUUAUAGUAACUUCGUUGGGCACAGAUGAAGGCGUUCGUAUGUUAAUAAAGACCUUGUUUUUUUACAUCGCUAUUACUUUAGAGGCAUUUAUCUUUUGUUUUGCCGGUGAAUAUCUAAGUAAUAAGAGUAAAACAAUUGGCGAUGCUGUAUACGGAUCUGUUUGGUACAAUCUCAAACCUCGAGAUAGCCGUAUUUUACUAUUUGUGAUCAUGCGAUCGCAAAGACGACUGACGAUUACGGCGGGGAAAUUUAUGGAUUUAUCGCUGGAAGGAUUUGCAAAUGUAAGAUUUCAAUAACGGAACGUAUCAAGACGCGAUAAAAUGACGGCUAUAAGCACUGUUGCUCUUUCGGUGCAAAUCGGUCUUCGAUUUGUCGGGAUUUGGCCUAAUGCGUCAUAUGCACUGUUUUUUCGGGGUGUUUGGAUAUUGACCACCGGUAUAGUACAGACUUUUCAGUACUGGUGGAUUAUUAUUCACUUAGGAACCGACGACAUGUCACAUCUGAUGGAUGGUUUAAGUGUCACUAUGGAAUACAGCGUGAUGUUCCUGAAACUGAUUAUUUUAUGGUUGAAUAGUCGUAUAUUUUACGACAUCCUAGCUGCGAUGGCUGCAGAUUGGGGGGAAGCCGCUAUCAGUGAAAUGCAUACCAUGAAGAAUAAGGCAAAUCUGUCGCGGCACUUCUCCAACGUGAUCAUCGGACUUCAUUCGGCCGCGGCAUUUUCCUAUGGUAUUGGCGUGCUCGUGUCCCAUAGUAAUGAUUACGACAUUGAUGGAGUCAAGCCUGUUCGUGAGUUCACGCUUAAGCUACAGCUCCCGUUUGAGAGUGACGAGUCACCUCGAUACGAGCUCGUUAUGUGUUUGGAAUUUCUUCAUCAAUUGGCAUCUUCUGCCACGACUGGCGUACUGAAUUCUCUAAUCGUCACAUUAAUUCUUCAUGCGAGCGGUCAGAUAGAAAUUUUGUGUGAUGCAUUAAGAGACAUUUCUUCCGACAAAAACAAUCAACGUUUUGUUAUUUCCAUCAUGAAGGAAUUGAUCGGCAAGCAUCAGAAGAUCAUUGUCUUUUCGGACCAAAUCGAAAACAUUUUUUGUUACAUAGCGUUAAUCCAAUUCUUGUCAAGCUCCUUAGUGAUUUGUUGUUUAGGAUUUAUGAUUGUAACAUCGAUAAGUACGCAAGACUCGGAUACGAUUGAUAGUUCGUCAUUAAUGAAAGCUAUUGUGUUUUACAUGGCUGCUACGGUAGAGGCGUUCAUCUUCUGCUUUUGUGGAGAGUAUCUCAGUGCCAAGAGCAAAAUGAUUAGCGAUGCGGCGUACGAAUCAAUCUGGUAUGACUUCAAACCAAACGAGUGCAAACUCAUCCUGUUUAUAAUAGUGAGAUCACAAAGAAGACUUACCAUCACGGCUGGAAAGAUCAUGGACUUGUCAUUAGAGAGAUUCACGAGUAUUAUAAAGGCCUCUGUUUCAUAUAUAUCAUUAUUACACGCGAUGUAUUGA